AUGGCUUCCAAUGAACCGAACCCUCCUAAACAAUCUCCCUUACAUCUGGUCUAUAUCGUCGCCAACAUCCAGAUUAAGAUCCAAGUUCUUGAUGAAACGAAGGUCACAUACAAUUCUUGGGUAAAACUUUUCAAACUCCAUGCUCGUGGAUAUAAGGUUCUUCAUCACAUUGACGGUACGCCGCCACCUGCUAAAACGGGUACAACCUAUGAAUCUUGGGCUGAAAUCGACGCCAUCGUUCUUCAAUGGCUAUACGGUAAUCUCUCUGAUGAUCUUCUUGUUCGGGUUUUGGAUACCGACACCAUCGUUUAUAAGGCAUGGCACCAUCUACAGGAGAUCUUGAACAUAAGUUCACCAACCUCACCUUGCAAUCGGUGUCUUCCUUUGGAUGAGUAUUGCCAGAAACUCAAUGAUUUAGUAGAUCAACUUUCUGAUGUUGAAAGCUCUGUCGCCGAAAAUCGUCUCGUCCUGCAACUCGUUCGUGACCUACCACCAGAAUAUGACACCGUUGUUCCGGUUAUUAACUGA